AUGACCACCGGCCAGAAGUUGUCUCGAGAUGAUUACCUCUUGUUGAAUAGUCUGCUCACUGCCCCUCCCGCCGUGGAAUACAUGUCCCGGCACGGCGGUCCAGAAGACUACUACCGGCUGCAUCGGCAGGCCAUUCUGAAAUCCAUCGGCUGGCUCCCUCUAUGGACCAAAGAAGACCCCGACGGCCGGGAGGCUAUCGACGAGUUGAUCGGGGCCAAGCUAGCUGCUAUCUGGGGAGCCCGGGAUCUCUACGACUCCGGUUCGACAUCCGAGUCAGAGCCAGAGUCCCAGCAGCAGGAUCAAGCCCAGCCGCAGGAUCACUACCAGUUAUCCAAGUCCGCCAUCCCACUGCCCGAAAGAGAGCUGCUCGCGGCGGCAGUGGUACCCCCGCCGGCCCCUCUACCUCUCGAGAUCGAACCCCGCUUCGUAUCUCAGCCUGCAGCAUCUCCGAACCCAAAUCGGAUCUCAAAGCUCCUAGUGGCCUCCAGCACUUGGAUAUGGCUGAUGCCCAUCCUCUGUCUCAUCGCGCCUCUCCUUUGGUACCGAGAGAGCGUUGUCGGCUUUAUCCAUCUCUGCCUCCAGGUCGGCGCAGCUCUCGCCUCGACCGUCUGGGCUGUGGCGCUCGCAUUCUUCGCAUCGAAGCUUACGCAGGCCAAAAAUAACGGCCUCACGGCUACAAACCCUGUGAUACAAGCGCCGUGUCACUGCCCGAUUGCCACCAUCACGCAGGUCGUAACCUCCACCGAGACUGUACUCGUACCAAGCAGCGUACCGACCUCUACCGUGUCCAUCUUCAUCACGGAAACACUGGCGGCAAUAACGAGCAUGGAAACCGCAACUGUAAUCGUUACGAUAGCAGGAGCAGUCAUGACCUUGGAUACACCGACUCUCAGUCUCUUUUCUCCGGUCACCGUCACGGAAACAAUCAUGACACAUGCUGGGAUCCUAUCCCCGCCGCCGCCGUCCCCAGUAUCCCCAAAGCACACCCUCGAUGCCGGCGUCUUUUCACUCGGCAACACACUCUUCCAACACAUCCUCGCCAUCUUCCCCCUUCACACCCUCUUUUCCUUCUCCUUUUCCCCCUUCUCUCCGUUCCUUACCCACCUCGGCCUCACGCUCAUCUUCGCCAUCCUCGCCCUCUGGACCUUCCUCGCCCUGUUCACCAUCUACUCAGCCCUGAAAAGCAUCCAGGCUCGCCUCUUCCAGACCACCACAGCAGCAAGGCCAGGACCCCCGCUUGGUCCAGCCGCUUCGGAAGAGAGAAGCGAAGAGAAUAACGACGACGCCUUGCCCUUAUCCGAUUCCGAUUUCCACGACAAUGCCGAAAGCGACGGGCAUGACACCACGUCCGAACUUCAAAGCGGCGGCGGCGGCGGCGGACGUAUAUGGAGAAGGAGAGGGUCGCAGCAGCAGCAGCAGCAGCAGCAGCAGGACAGUGAGCGUGAGCGUGAGCGCAGCGCGGUGGAGAUCCUGGCUGAUUUGAGAGACGUGGCGCGAUUGGGGUACAUGGAGCUCGGCGACGCUCUCUCGCAAGAUGCGCCUCUAGAGAGGAGCAGGAGGACUUGA